CAUCUAUGUGGUGAAAUAUUUUCCCCUUUUUAAAGUAUAAAUAUGUGAUUAAAAUGCACCGUUCAUUUUCGCAUUAUUUCGAAUAUUUACCUUGAAAAGAUAUUCAAAAAGAGAAUUACUGCAUUCAUUUUUGUUCUGUAGCAGAAAAUGUUUGAUUCGGCUUUUUGUUAGUAAACGUUGACGUAAACAAACUUUAACUGCUCCAUAAACAUAAUCAUAACUAUUUUCAACAUUUGGUAAGGUAUACAAUGGGUUCAGAACAGAGUCGUCCUUCUGGUAACAAACAAGCUGGGUCAAAAAAGAUUAGUGUAGCAGCCGUUCCGCAAAAUGAUCAACAAAAAUUCAAUCAAGAGGAUGCUAUACAACCGAAUGAAGUUCCCCCAGACAAUAAUCACAAUACUUAUGAUGAUAAUGACAAUAAUAAUGAGUCGAAAACAGAAAUACAAAAAUCAGGACCACCGAAACCAGGCGAAAUUAAGUCAUUUCGACAAUUGUUUUCAGACUUCGAAUUGGAUGUUCUCUUCUCUACAUGGCCAUUGUUGUCAAAAAAUCCAGUUGGAACUGGUUGUCUAGUAUUUAAAAAUGCUUUUGAAAUCCAUCCAAAAUUACGAAAUUUUUUUGCAUUCGGUAAUCUCAGUCCAGAAGAACUACUCGACAGUCCAGAUCUUAAAAUUCAUUCUGCAAAAGUCAUGAGAGUGAUACAUAAAGCAGUUGAAGCGUUAAAUGGCGACAGUAAGUCAUUGUAUGAGGAAUUGGUUAUUCUUGGAGCAAAACAUGCAGCUAUAGCCGAUAUGAAAAUAGAAUAUUUCAAAAUUAUUAAAGAAGCCAUCCUAAUGACCUGGGGACGUUUGAUCUAUGAAGAAUUCACCGAUGAUGUAAGAAAAGCUUGGGGACAUGUCCUAGAUGAAGUGGUUGCAAUAAUGACAGAGGGCUGUCUAAUUUUUGAAGAAGAAGAAGAAAAAAUGCUCGAAGAGGAUGACACCUGUCAAGAUCUCAAUUCUGUACCGAAUGACGAACAUCAUUGUGUAAAAGAGAAGAAAACCAACCGAACAAGUGUUGCAACUGUUCCAAAAGAAGAACUUGCCCAAAUCUAUCCAAGUUGUAAAUAAUACUGACAGUAUUAAUAACAGUAUUAUUGAAAUAGGGUCAUGCACUCAUUAUCUUAGUCGUUUUGAUUUUUCAGUCAGUAGAUGCUACUUUUGUCUGAUUACCCGACAGUUGGAUGUCAAUCAACCUCAUUGAGUAAUAAUUUAUGUGUAAAGACUUUCAUUAACAUUACAUUACGUACUUAUUCAUCAUUAUGUUCAUCAUGAUUCUUGUUUUUUUUGCACUCGUAUAUUCAUAUUUUUGCAUUCACAUGAUAAUAAAAAAAAAUUCUUU